AUGGUCGCGAAGGCCCAGACGGCGGACGCCCCGGCCCCUGCGGAAAGGCGGGUGCUGAGGGGGGUCAUCUUCGACAUGGACGGGACGCUCACCGUGCCCAACCACGACUUCGCUGAGAUGUACAGGCGCGUGGGGUGCAAGACCCGAGACAUUUUGACCGAGAUCGAGUCGUGGCCCGAGGACGAGCGCAAGCGCGCGAACGACAUCAUCCACGAGAUGGAGACGGAGGCGUUGGCCACCAUGAAGGCCAUGCCGGGGGCGGAGAAGCUGGGUGCCUUCCUCGAUGGAAAGGGGCUGCCGAGGGGGCUGGUGACGCGGAACGUGCAGGCGUCCGUCGCGCACUUCCACGCCAACGCGUGGACCCUCCCGCCCUUCUCCCCGGCUCUCGCGCGCGAGUUCAAGCCCUACAAGCCCGCGCCCGACGCGCUCCUGCACAUAUGCAAGCGGUGGAACGUGCCGCCCUCGCAGGUUGUCAUGAUUGGCGACUCCGCCAAAGACGACGUGGUGAGCGGGAACCGCGCGGGAUGCGUCACCGUGCUGCUGGACACGGAGGGUAAGUGGAGGAUCGGGAGCGAGGACGGGAUGGUGCCGCACUUCAUCGUCAACUCGCUGGACGAGGUGGCGCCGACGCUGCAAGCGCACUUCGACCUUGGCACUUCGACGAACGUCCCGGAGCCCGCUCGAGCCUAA